AUGGCAGAAAUAAUUGAUUUCAAAGUGUGUGUGGGACAAUGUGGCUUGCAGGAUCUCAGGUCAGCAGGAUCUUUUUAUACAUGGAGUAAUAAACAACAAGGCGUGGCUCGAGUUUAUAGCAAAAUUGAUAGGGUGCUAGUGAAUGAUGAGUGGGUUUCAAACCUGCCAGCAUCAAAAGCUUGCUUCCUUCAAGAAGGGUUAUAUGACCACUGCCCAGUACUGGUUCAUUGGGAAAAACAUAAUAUGUCAAGAACAAGGCAAUUCAGGUACUUUAACAUGUGGAGCUUAGCACCGGACUUUCUACGGAAAAUAAAGAGUAGCUGGGAUGAAAGGAUAGUAGGAAGGAGAAUGUUCCAAGUGGUGGGUAAACUGAACAGACUAAAAUCUGUCCUCAAGCAGCUUAAUUGGGAUAGAUUUAGUGAUAUUGAAAACAAGGUUACCGUAGCAAUGGAACAAUUGCUGAAUUGUCAAGUAAGAAUACAACAGUCACAAAGUACAGAAUUGUUUGAUGAAGAGAUGCAAUUGGCUAAACAAUGUGAACAACUGCAAAAUACAAAACAUCAGUACCUGAACCAAAAAUGCAAAGCGAAGUGGCUACAAGAGGGGGACCAGAACACUGCCCUGUUUCACAGGUAUUUGAAGGCCAGAAGGAACAAGAAUUGA